GAGAGAGGAAGAGGCACAGCAGCACAGAAACUUGGAGCAAGCUGAGAAUAACACUGCAAAAAAGGAUCCUACAGGUAAUACCAGAGUUGCAAAGAGGCUGAAAUUUCAGAAAGAAGAGAAGAGAAGAUGGGCUAUUCCCUUAAGGUCCUGGUUCUUGGACUGCUUUCAACUUGCCUGCAGGGUGUGCAGUGUGACCCAUUAAAAUAUAAAAUGAAUGCCCCCACAGCUGUGACAGUCCCAGAGGGACUUUGUGUCAUCAUCCCCUGCAAUUUCACUUAUGACCCAGAUGAUGCCAGCAGCACUUCCACAUUGUAUGGAUACUGGUACAAAGAAGAGAGCAGUGAUAAGCUUCCAGCAGUGGCCACCAACGAUGGGACUAAAUCAAUAGAAGACUAUGCUCAGAAUCGCUUUACUCUCUCAGAUGAAGUGGCACAUGGCAACUCCCUCCAUCAGCGAUCCCAAAAAAGUGAUGGACAGAAAUACUAUUUCAGAAUGGAGAAAGAACGUAGCGCAAAGUUUAGUUACAAAACCGUGCAACCAUCAGUGAACGUAAUAAAUCUGGAAAACCCAGAAAUAAUAUUUUGGGGAGAUCUUCAGGCAGGACAACCUGUAAACAUCACUUGUACAGCCCCAGGAAGCUGCUCCUUGAAGCCUCCACACAUCUUUUGGAAAUUCACACCAAGGAAAUCCACACCAAGGAGCUCCGAAAUGCAGUCAAAUGGCUCCCAGGUUUACAUCUCUAUGCUUGACUUCAUGCCCUCAAAGACAGACAAUGGGAAGGAACUCACCUGCUCUGUCACCUAUGGAGGAGGAGCAAGCCCUGUCUCCAAAGAGAGGACCGUCCUUCUGAACAUCAGAUAUGCACCCCUGAUACAGCAAAUUCAAGUUACACAUGGAAAUGACAGUGUGAAAAAUUACACAGCACCAUCCCAGAUUGUAGUAGAGAAAGGUGACUCUGUUGUCUUGCGCUGUAUGGCAGAAGGCAACCCGCCAGCCAAUGUCACCUGGGCAAAGGAAUCAGCUAACCUCACGACAGACAAGGUACUGAAGCUUUCCAGUGUCAAGAUGCAAGAUGUGGGUGAAUACAAAUGCCAUGCACAGAACUCCGAGGGCUCCGACACCAUGAGCUUCCAGCUCUCCAUAGCAUACCGCCCUAGGCCAUGCAAACAGAAGCGUCCCCAUUGCUGGAGAGAUGACAGUGGGUUCCAGUGCAACUGUUCCAUCUGCUCAUCCCCUAUGCCCAGGAUUCAGUGGCUGGUGGAUGGGGAGACCCUGGAGGGAAAUACCACCAAAGGGUACAAGCAGGUCACUACUUGGAUUGAGAUGGAUGUAGGUACCAGCACCCUGCGCUUGACAGGGAACUGGGAUGGAGAUCACCAUCUUGUCUGCAGUGGAACCAAUGCCAAGGGAGAGUAUCCCAUCAUGUUCUUCCUGUUUAGCUCAGCAGAGUCCAAUUGGAGUCAAAGCACAAUUAAUGCUGUAGUGGCUGUCCUUGCCGUGUUUGCUAUCGUUGUGCUAAUCGUUGCAAUCGUCUUGAUUUCUAAAAAGUGCCAAAGAAAAUCUAUGACCGACUUGGAAUCGCACAAGAAGCUUCGGACACCCCACAGCGAAAUCUCUCCCAGUGGCCAGGGUUUCAACACCAUAGACCUUAACAAAGAGGCAGGCAAUUAUGUUCCCAAAGAACCGGAAAAGGCGGAAGAAUCUGCUGACAUUGUGUCCAAUGAUCCCGAAGAACUGCAUUAUGCCUCUAUAACGUUUUCUGUGCCGAAUCAGAUGCCCGAACCAACUUCAGAAGAACCUCAAACUGAAUAUGCUGAAAUUAAGAGAUAAUUGCAAAGAAACAGACUUUGCCAAAAAAACAGAAAUGGCACAUUAGAGGGACUCUUCAGUCUGGUUGACAUUGGGGGGGAAAGUUACCGUUUGGCUCUAACCAGAUGUAUGUCUUUGGAAAAAAAAUUACUUCCUUCUGAAGCCUCAGCUUCCCUUCUUGCCUUAUCUACAUUUCUGUAUUUUCCUUGGGGGGCUGUGUUGACAUUUAUUUUUUGUAGCACUGCCACAUGUGUCCUGGAUUACACAGCUGCAACAAUUAUUAUGGUCCCGCUCCUGGGAACCAGCUUUGGUUACCCUCCUUUGAUCGACAGCAAUUUUGGAAAGGAAGGGGGUAGAGCUCAAUGGCAGUGUGCAUGUUUUGGAAGCACAAAGCACCAGUUUCAAUACUUGGCAAUUUUCUGGCUAAAAGAUCUCAGCAUCAGGAAAGCUGAGAUAUACACCUUUCUGAAGUUCUGAAAAUGCAUCCCAGUGAUACUGAGUAGGGUUGGAACGAAUAUUUGAAAAUACCCGAAAAAUUGUCAGAAAAAUGUGUAUUUUUAGUGUCUAGAAACCCUAACAAGAGGAAUACUGGAUUGACAAGAACCUUCACAGCUUGGGACAUAUCUGUGCAAAAUUUGCACAUGGUUGUUUUGUGCAGGAAACUUUUUCUGCAUAGGAAACAUCUUCUGUAUAAAUAUAUAUAUAUUUGUACAUUUUGUUCAGAAUAAGACCCCAAGUAUAGUAUUUUCUGUGCAGGAAAUAACAUUUCACUUUAACUGUCAUAGCAAUUUCGCCUGGUAUUUGCACUCUCAGACAGAGAGCUCCAGUGCUUCACCAAACUGUAAAUCCCAGGAGUCUGCAAGAUGCAGCUGUACCAGUUAAUGUGAAAUCAUGGUGCUAUAACUAGGUAGUAUGAAAGGGCUCUGUGUAUCAUACUCCUAUUAAAAUAGCAGGAGCAAAAUUGGCUGGCUUAUUUUUUCUCUCUCUCAGUAGCCAGUAAGCCAAGGAUUUUCAAAUGGAGAUUUUUUUUUCCCCAGUUGAUAUUAGUUCAGUAUAGGCUUUUCCAGACAGGGGUAAGAAUUACAGGCAGGUCCAUGUUUUGCUAGUUGGUCAAGAGACUGGCACUGUAUAGCACAUACCUAUACACAGACAUUGAUUUGCUGUCCAUCCCAGGCUUCGAAUGGAACCCUCAGAAACCCAGACUUAUGUGUCUCUGUGUUUGAAACACAUUUUCAUUCAAUAUUCAGACAAAGAGGCCCGUAUAAAGUCAGAAUUACAUUUCUGCCAGUCACUACUUCAUUGGACCAUUAAAUGUAGACUUAAGGUACAGUGCUCAUAGGGUUGAACAGUGAGAUGGCAUUUAGAGAUAAGGGCAUCCUAAAUCUUUGUCCCAAGCAAGAGUGGUGUAGCAUUUAAAAAGGGAUGCACGUUUUGGAAGCACGAAACACCAGUUUCAAUAUUUGGCAAAUAUUUGAAGGGAUGUCAUAUUGAGGAGGGAGCAAGCUUGUUUUCUGUUGCUCCAGAGAACAGUACCCGGAGCAAUGGAUGCAAGCUGCAGGAAAAGAGAUUCCACCUCAAUAUUAG